UGUUUUUUGUUCAGACUCUGCAGAGUAUUGAAGAAGCAAAGCAAAAAAAAUCCUGAAAAAGAAAAGAAUAAAAGAAGAAAGCUUUGAUCAAAUGGUGCAAUUGAUGAGUUCAGGAAAAAGGGUAGCUGUGAAACUGGAAGUGGAAGAAGCGCUGGAAGAUGGAUUGGCUCCUCUUCACAAAAGAUCAAAACUUGACCCUUCUUUACAGGAGGGUAAUAUUGAAAGUGGGGAUUUUCCAAUCCCACCAUCAUUAUAUAAUCCACUUGACGAGCCUAGUCCACUUGGCUUGCGUCUGAAAAAGAGUCCAUCUUUUUUGGACUUGAUUCAAAUGAAACUCUCACAACAAAAUGCCAAUAAAUUAACAGCUCUUAAGAAGAAAGAUAGCAAGGGAACUUCAGUUUCCAGCGGUCAGGACAAGCUCAAGGCCUCAAAUUUUCCUGCUUCCGUGUUGCGAAUCGGUUCUUGGGAGUAUAAGUCAAGAUAUGAAGGGGAUUUGGUAGCAAAAUGCUACUUUGCUAAGCACAAGCUUGUAUGGGAAGUGCUUGAUGGUGGACUCAAGAACAAAAUUGAAAUUCAGUGGUCUGAUAUUGUAGCUAUCAAGGCAAAGUAUCCUGAAGAUGGACCGGGGACCUUGGAUGUAGCGUUGGCAAGACAGCCCCUUUUCUUUAGGGAGACAAAUCCACAACCUAGGAAGCAUACUCUAUGGCAAGCAACAUCAGAUUUUACUGGUGGACAAGCAAGCAUACACAGGCAACAUUUCCUACAGUGCCCACAGGGCCUUUUGGGAAAGCAUUUUGAGAAACUUAUUCAAUGUGAUCCUCGUCUCAACUUCCUAAGUCAACAGCCAGAAACUUUGUUAGAAUCACCAUAUUUUGAACCCAAGAUAUCUGGUUUCAAUGAUUCAAAUGAAGCUGGCCAUAAGGUUGAGUUAGAAGGUGAAGAGGGACCUACUAUCUUUGGAUUGCAGGAUACAUCAUCACCAGCGGCUGGUCAAUCUUCUUCCUGCAAAAAAGAGCAAGAUUUCAGUGGUAGAGCUGCUGAACAUUUUUGCCAGGGAACUCCAUCACCUAGCUCAGUAAUCGAUACCAAUGCAAUUGAAGAAAUCAGAGGCAGUACUGCCAAUGAAGGAAAGUUGCUCCGUCAAUGGGAUCAGAUUAGAUUUUCUGGACUUCAUGGAUCCAUGUCGAUGAGUGAUCUAGUAAAUCAUAUUGGAAAUUGCAUUUCUGAGCAGAUGACAUCUGCCAAUGAUGACCUGCAGGGCCAAGACAUUUUGGAGGAGAUUACUCAAUACUUGCUCAAUGACUCACUGCAUGCAUCAGCCUCUGAUGAACAGUCUCUCAUGGCUAGGGUCAAUUCUCUUUGCUGUCUUCUGCAGAAGGAUUCUGCUGUGGCACCAGAUUUUCCAACCGAGGAGGAUGUUGCUGUCGAUGUGCAUGAUCAUGGUAAACAUGUUGAAGGCAGCUCAGUCUCUGCAGCAGCACGUGAGAGUAAGACAGCAGAGGGUGUAUCAAUGAAUGAAUCCAAUAAUGUUUCUAACUCCAAGCGCCCACAGGCCAUGUCAAGGAAGGACUCAGUGGGGGAUCUUCUUCUUAAUCUUCCUAGGAUUGCUUCACUGCCGCAGUUUUUGUUCAACAUCAUGGAAGAUUCUGAUAUUCAAGCUAGAUAAUGAUAAAACCUAAAGCCUUUUUCUUCUACAAGCGUAAGAAGAAUGCUUUCAGGUUGCUAACUAAACUUGUAAAGCAUGAGGAUUCUUCAAUUAGAACUGCUGAAGAAUCCAUGGUAAUAUUAGAACCUGUGUUUGGAGUUUUUGUGAAUAUUAAUGGAAGUCUUCUGGCCAUGUUUGUAAAUAUGUUGUGUUCCUAGUCAGGAUUAAGUAAUUUUAGUCCUUCAUUUGGGAGGAAUAAUGUUUGCUCCUUUA